UGCGAUUUCGCAACAUGGAUGAAUUGAAAAAGGUGGGACAUGAGUAUUCCCUCGAAUCAUCCUCAUCUUCAUCAUCAUCACUUGAAGUCACUUCAUUCCCAAAUCUGAAGAAACUGGUGUUCUACUACCUGCGGGAGUGGGAGGAGUGGGAAGGAAUGCCAGCUGGGUUGAGUAAAGAUUCUCUUGCAAGUAUUAAGGUAAUGCCAUGCCUUUCUACAUUAGAGAUUGAUUACUGUCCCAAGCUGAAGACACUGCCAGACUUCCUUUGGAAGACCCCGCUGCAGAAUUUGAGCAUCGAUAGAAGCAGGAUUCUCGAAGAAGGCAUGGAGUGGCACAAGAUCUCUCACAUCCCAAACAUCAAAAUUGGUAAUAAGUUCGUACAAAAAGACGGAGUCAAAAUCCGACAAGAAGAGAAUUGAGUUCAUCAUGUCAUCCCAUCUCGUCUGCCGCUUCAUCUCUCUGAUUCAGAUCGCUUCAUACGAGCACUUGAGGUUCCUCAAGUCCAAGAACACAUUAGGGAACUAAAAGAAAGAUUUG